CGGAGGGAGCCAAUAGGAGGCGGCGUUGUUGGGGGGACGGUGUUGCCAGGACGGGCUGAGGGCGAUGGCGGCGCUGGGCCGCCUCUGGGCGCCCGCCCUUGGCGGCAGGUUUUCUCUGCUGCAGCGAGCCGCAGCCUGCCCUCCCCAGCUCCGAGCAGCCUCCGUCUUCUCAAGUUGCCUGGAGCUGCCCCUUGGAAGCUGCCUCUCCCUCAGAAGUUGUCCCUCCCUCGGAAGCCAUCCCUCCCUCAGACCCGCCGGCGGCCAUCCCGGCCUGCUCUCCCCCUGGAACCACCAGCAGGUCCGCACAAAAGCACGGGGGAACGAAUAUCAGCCCAACAACCGCAAGCGCAAGCGGACCCACGGCUGGAUCAAGCGCAUCAGCACGCCGGGCGGCAUCGAGGUCAUCCUCCGGCGGAUGCUGAAGGGCAGGAAGUCUCUGACCCACUGAGGGCUCUGCCCGUGGGGUCACUGCGGUGUGGGGUGAGCCCCAGUCGAGCCCUAGAGCCUCUGCGGGUUUGGAGUCACCCGGUCUGUGCCAAGGGACAGUGGCUCACGUGUUCCCAACACCAGAGGGACGGUCGGUCGCUGCUGCAGCAGCUCCUCGGGUGUUGGGGUGGCGUGAGCAGCCGUGCUGGUGGCCUCUGAGGGCUCUGUUUAGUGGCUGCUUUUUGAAUCGUGAAAUUAUUGCUGCUUUGUGCAGUUCCAGGGUGAACCUGAGCUGUCAUUAAAGCCCAACCGACUCGCCUUGAA